GGAGAGCAGGAAAUGGUGCAUGGGAAACAGGAUUUCAUGUCAUUGCUGUGCUGUCUGUGAGGGCCUCUAAGCAUCCCUCCCCCAACAGACUCCAUUCCUGCUCUGGCUGAAUCCCAGCCAAGAAAGCUCUUCCCACUGACUCGCAGCUCUUGCUGUGCCCAGUCCAUUCUCACUCUUAAUCAGUUCCUGAACUGCCCAGAGGUUGCUUGGGCUUGUGUGUUUGUGCACCCCAGGCUGAAGCACCCCAGGAAGGCUCUACAAGCAAGCAUGGAAGAAACAGGCAGGUCAUAAUCUCUUCUGCAACAACACGUGGCAGGGAACAAAGCGCUGGAAUGGGUGGAAGGGCCUUGGAGGGGACAAUCUGAACUCCCAAGCAGGUGGACCGAAACUCAGCCAGAGUUUCUUUUCCUGAGGCUCGUAACAUACACUUCCGAAAGCAGGAGCGGGAUUUUCUAACCAGAGAACCAGAAUCUGUCUUCCUCAUGGGGUGUGUGUAAACGUCUUUCGAGCUACUCUGACCCAUUCAAAGCAAUGGAAGACACAGGAGCAUCAGGCAUAGAGGACGCACUCUGCAAAUGAAAAACAACUCAAAUGCCCCCAUCGUCUUUUCCUUUUCUGGAUCCGUGAUGUCUGAGCUCUCCUGACACUGUGUACACUCAGGAAAAUGAGACUGGGCAGGCUUUGUGUUUUAACUCUCUUCUUGCAUCUGGCAGGAGCAAUUAUGGAUAUCACCCUGAUGGCCAACGUCUUGAGUCCCUCACACACCAACUUCUACCUCUCGUGUGUGACUGGUGAGCGAAAUGCCAGCCUCCAGAUUGACAGAGACAAUAAAAUUGUCAUGACCCACCCCAGGUCCAGAUUCCAGAUCUACAAGAACAGCAGCCAUGCAGUGCAAAUGAGCGGCUUCUCCCGGUCAGACCUGGUGGGCAUCACGUACUGCUUGGGGCAGACUGAGUCAGAACAAACCAGGGUGGUUUAUGUGCACAACAAUGCAGAUGCCAACCUCGUCCCAGAGAAAGUGACACAGACAUUCAGCCUCUCCCAGCCAGCUGUACUUGUUGCCAAGAUAAAGCACGGGAAGAAUGCAGACAUUUUGUGGAAAAGGAAUGGGACCUACUAUGACACCAAGGACCAGGGGGAGGUGAAGGAGAGCCAGUCCACUCUGACCCUGUCGCCUGUCAGCGUGAGUGACGGUGGGAUUUACAGCGCUACAUUCAUUGGGGACAGUCCUUUGUCAAGUGCCUUCUUCCGGCUGAUUGUGCGAGGAUGUGCGGCCAAGAAAUGGGGCUCUUCUUGUGACAAGGACUGUCCCGACUGCCUGAAUGGAGGCAUCUGCCACCAUAUUGAGGGAGAAUGCAUCUGUCCACCAGGCUUCAUGGGCACCCGCUGUGAAAAAGCUUGUAAGGAAGGCAUGUUUGGGCGAAACUGCCAGGAGAAAUGUCAUAACAAGCAAGGCUGCAAGGGGCUGGCCUUCUGCCUGCCUGAUCCUUAUGGCUGUUCCUGUGCUACUGGAUGGAGUGGUCUUCAGUGUGGCUCAGCUUGCUCCUCUGGGAGGUACGGCGCUGACUGUGCCCUGGAGUGUCAUUGCCAGAAUGGAGGCACCUGUAACCGGUUCAGUGGCUGCAUUUGCCCAUCUGGUUGGCAUGGACAGCACUGUGAAAAGUCAGAUCGGAUCCCCCAGAUCAAGAACUUGGUCUCUCACUUGGAGUUUAACUUAGGCUCCCAGCCUGUAAUUACCUGCAUGGCAACAGGCAAUCCAAUCCCUGUGCGUGAAAACAUUGAACUGCGCAAGGCUGAUGGAACAGUGAUCAUGUCUCUGAAAGCCAUCAUGGAAAAAGACUUGACAACCUGUGAAUUUCAAGUGCCACCGCUGGUCCUCUCUGACACUAGCCUCUGGGAAUGCCGUGUCUCCACUACGGGUGGGCAGGACAGUGGCAAGUUCAAGGUCACUGUGAAAGUGCCUCCCAUGCCACUAAGCCCUCCCAGGCUUCUGGCCAAGCAGAGUCGGCAGCUUGUGAUAUCGCCUGUGGGGCGCGUCUCAGGUGAUGGACCCAUCAUCUCCAUCAAGGUUCUGUACAAGCCCCAAACUGGCACUUCUCAGUGGUCAUCCAUUGUAGUUGACCAUGCUCAGAACAUCACCCUAAUGAACCUGCGACCUGUCACAGCCUACCUUGUUAAGGUUCAGCUAACACGCCCUGGAGAUGGAGGGGAAGGUGACCCAGGCCCUCACGCUGUCAUGGUAACAGAGUGCCAAGAGCCAACAGCCAAGCCUGUGAUUGAACGCUCAUUUGUUGAAGGGAGCAACACGUUGCAUGUGAACUGGAACCUGCCCGGUGGUGACACUGUGGGCUCUGGGUUCCUCGUCCAGCUCUAUGAUGCAGCCAAGGAGCUCGUCCAUCAGGAAAACAUCACUUCCAUGAUUGUGCAGUCUGCCUACAUUCCAAACCUUAAAUUCAACAAGGAGUACAGUCUGGUGGUGCUGGUCUAUCACUGCACCAGCCUCGGACCUCCAUCUGACCUCUACAAGGUCAAGAUUGACAGCAAAGGUCCCUCAUCCCCACGGUCUCUCUCAGCGGAGCCCCUUGCUGACAGCACUGUCAAGCUCACCUGGCUGCCCCCUGAGUACCCCAAUGGUGGCAUCAACAAGUACAUUGUGGAGGUGCAACAGCUGGGGGGUACCAGUGAGCCACAGUGGAUGGACACGGACAACGGCUGGGAUACCACAAAGAUCAUUGCAGGGCUGAACACCAGCGCGUUCUACCAGUUCCGGGUGCGAGCCAGCUCCUUUGUGCCAGGCGAGUGGAGCAAGCCUGUGAGAGUUGAGAUCGUGGGUGAUGGAGCCCUGAGCCAAGUGCCCACCUUGGGGAGCCAGAACUUGCCUCCAUCCAACCUGGACCAGCAGUUGCUCUUGGCCAUUGUGGGCUCUGUCUCCGUCACCUGUGUGACCAUACUCUUUGCCCUGCUGGCCCUUUUCCUCAUCAAGAAGAACUUCUUUCACCGGCGCCGCACAUUCACCUACCAGUCAGGCUCUGGGGAAGAGACCAUUUUGCAGUUCAACUCAGGCACGCUGACCCUGACUCGCCGGCCCAAGCCCCAGCCUGAGCCCCUCAGUUACCCUAUCCUGGAGUGGGAAGACAUCAAGUUUGAGGACAUGAUAGGGGAAGGGAACUUUGGGCAAGUCAUCCGGGCCAUGAUCAAGAAAGAUGGCCUGAGAAUGAAUGCAGCCAUCAAGAUGCUGAAAGAAUUUGCCUCUGAGAAUGACCACCGGGACUUUGCUGGAGAGCUGGAAGUUCUUUGCAAGCUGGGCCACCAUCCCAAUAUCAUCAACUUGCUGGGAGCCUGCGAGAACAAGGGUUACUUGUACAUCGCCAUUGAAUAUGCACCCUACGGAAACUUGCUAGAUUUUCUGCGCAAGAGCCGAGUCCUGGAGACAGAUCCUGCCUUUGCCAGGGAGCAUGGGACAGCCUCGACCCUCACAUCCCAACAGCUCUUGCAGUUUGCAUCUGAUGUGGCCAAAGGCAUGCAGUAUUUGAGUGAAAAACAGUUCAUCCACAGAGACCUGGCUGCCAGGAACAUCCUGGUAGGGGAAAACCUGACUUCCAAGAUUGCCGACUUUGGUUUGUCCCGGGGGGAGGAAGUCUAUGUAAAGAAGACUAUGGGCCGUUUGCCAGUUCGCUGGAUGGCUAUUGAGUCCCUGAAUUACAGUGUGUACACAACCAAGAGUGAUGUGUGGUCGUUUGGGGUUCUCUUAUGGGAAAUAGUUAGCCUGGGAGGGACGCCAUACUGUGGCAUGACAUGUGCUGAACUCUAUGAAAAGCUGCCCCAAGGGUACCGCAUGGAGAAGCCUCUCAACUGUGAUGACGAAGUCUAUGAGCUAAUGCGGCAGUGCUGGCGGGACCGGCCAUAUGAACGUCCACCCUUUGCUCAGAUAUCGGUGCAGCUCAUCCGCAUGCUGGAAGCUCGGAAGGCCUACGUGAACAUGGCUUUGUUUGAGAAUUUUACUUAUGCAGGGAUCGAUGUGACGGCUGAAGAAGCAUGAGAGACUUGAGCACUGACCCCACCAACCUGUGGAUCCAAACAGGGCAAUAGAAGCCUCCUGUACAUAUGUCUCGUGGUCAUGCCACCAUCUUUUUACAUAGAGCACAGAACAUAGCUGAACUUGGCUGUUCCAGAGGAUCCUUCAUGAACCCAUCCCUCAUGCCAUCUUCUUCCCUGACCAGAAGGGCAUGGACAGCACACAUCACAAUCCAAGACUCUGCCAAACUUAAAGGAAAUAUGGAGUUCAGAGAAGUGACACACAGCUAUAAAUUGUGCUAGGGGGGCAUCUAUGCUCAGUAGCCCUAUAUAUCACAAACUCCAUGUGCCGAUUCCAGCCUGCCUCCAAGAUGGACAAUAUGGGACCCAUGCAUGAAUGGAGGACAUGGUUUGCAUGUGGAGCAGCCUUCGACUUGAAACAGAGUGCCUCUUGGUCUUGGAAUUUGGCAUGGGGAGGAGAGGAGAGGAGAAAAAGGCAAAGGAUUACAAAAGAAUCUGCAUCAUCUAUAUUCAUGCAUACAUACACCACAACCAUUAUCUCAUGCCUCGCAGGAAGGCGGAGGGCAGAUCCUAGCCAAAGAUUACCUGCUACCUGCAUGGAAACACACUUCUUUACACUCCCUCCUCCAGGCUUCAUUUCUGCAGAACAAGGCAGGAAUGUGGAGAUAGUAGCAAUUUUCAAAGCCAGCCACUAGGAAGGAGUUUAAAUGCUUUCACACUGACCCUUUUCAUGUCAUCUGCUGCUGCUGCUAAAAGCAUUGGCCUGUGCCGUUUGCAGUUCAUCUCAUAUCCUUUCCAAAAUAGCCCACUUUUCUCGGGUUCUUUAUCACAGCCUGCUGCUUUUCUUUGAACAGGUGCAAGUACUGCACAAACUUGUUAAGCAAGUCCUCCAUAAUGUUCUGAAUUGUAACACCUUUGAACACCUGUCCCAGGAGCAAGUCCUCCUCCACUUCCCCUCUUUUUCUCCCGUUUUGGCAACUUCCUCCUGCUCCUUGUCUAGCAGGCCCGUGCGUGUGCUGAUUCCAAUUAAGCCUGCUUCUAAAACUAAGAAUGCGUUCGUGCAAAAGAAGCAUUGCACAGGACUGGAUAUACCCUUGGUUUAAUCUACCAAGGCCCUCCUUGUGUACAGCAUUCAAGCGACACGUUAUACGACAGGAGGGACCAAAGCUCAGAGCAGUCACAUGCAUACUAGAAAGUUCUACGUUCAAUCCCUAGGCAUUUCAGUUAGAAGGAUCAGAUAGCAGGCAAUGGGAACCUCCAGGGGAGCUGCUGUAAUUUGAAAGAGAAAAUACUGAUCUAGAUGAACAAAUAAUCAAAUCUGGGUUGUGUGCACAUUAUUGGCUUCAACACAGCUAGGUGGUUCUUUUUCUCAAUUCAGAUCAAAGCUGGUUUGGGGGAAAACUCAUCAAAACACAGUAUUAUAUUUAAAAAAACCAGCAGGAUAGAUCUGGAUUGUGGCUAAUGUUGUGUGUAACACCCCUUCCCAAAUAAGCAGUGGGAGCUCAGUGGAUGCAGAGUAAAUGGAAGUGUGUACACAGCCUUAGUAUAAGGCAGCUUCCUAUGCAUAUAAUGUCACCUGGAUGCUUCUCCAAACAUUUGCUUUUCAACAAAUACCAUCAAAUACCAUGAGGAGUUUUUUUCACUGGGCAAAACAGUGUGGACAGGGAUUGUUCAUGGAAGCAGACACAACUGUCCCCUCAAUGAUCUGGCGCAAUCCACAUGUUGUGAGAUCAGUUGCUGGCUGAGAACUGCAAGUCUCUUGUCAUUAUAGGAUGCCAGUGAAUAAGGUUUCCAAAUCUUUUUAUUGAGCCUUCAUCCUGAUUUGUUUACACAAAGUUUUCAGGGAGGUUUUAUGACGUUGGCUGUUUAUAGAGCAUUCAUUCUGAUUUGUUUGCAGGGAGAUUAUAUGAUAUUAGGUCAAGCAAUUGUUAUAACACAUUUUCUAGUGCAUUUUCAUGCCACUUUCCUUACUGAAAAAAGUGAAUGUGUUUUUGUGCAGGGGUGUGUGGUUUUGUUUGUUUUUUGAAAUGAGUUUCUUGUGCAAGAGUGACGAAUCCACUUUAAUUCUUGAAUCUUAACUUUGCCGAUAUGCAGUUAACUCUCACUCACAAAAUAGUGAUAGUCUGGAAAUGCCCAUGUAUGAAUGGCUUAUGAAACAAAGGAAAUUGGUAGGGAGAAAGGAGCUGAACUUCAAAGAGUUGCUUUGGAACUCUCCUAGAAUCCCAUGGAAGCAAUUCUAGCAUUGCAUGGAAAUGGGAAUGUCAACGAGGAGAGCAAUCAGUUUUGCUGUGUGGUGGAUCUAACCCAUGGAGCAUAUGCUUUCAGACUGUAUAGGCCUCUAGCAGUUCUAUGCUGCCUCUGCAUUAGAUUUGUACAUAAUAAAGGAUGCAUAAAAAGGA